UAACGCGUUUUUAAAAUUUUAGAUGAAGUUUGUCCUGUACGGCUUGCUGUAGUUGCCGGGUGCUGGAGGUCGGGCAUGCCCGUGAAACAUCCACUGCGAAAUGCUAUGCAAGCGCCGAAACGACUGUGAUUAAUAUAAAAUUACAGAGAAAUGUGGCACAAACUACCUUUUAAAUUGCAUUUCUGCUGAGCUGAUGAGUCGCAAGUUGAGAGGAAACGCGUAGAAAACACGGAGGAACACCGAAAACUGUCCGUCCGUUUUGUCCUACAAAGGCGCCGAGAGUUUGACAGCGGCAGGACUUGACUGCGCAGGCCUGACGUGAGGUGAACUGCUGGAGGAGGACGGCAUCCAAAGGACUACAUGAAACAAUAAAGACCGUCCUUUCUGUAGAGGGAAGCAAGCUAAAACAUGAGGAAGGACGUGAGGAUACUACUCGUAGGGGAACCCAAGGUGGGGAAGACAUCACUGAUAAUGUCUCUGGUCAGUGAGGAGUUUCCUGAUGAGGUUCCUCUCCGAGCUGAGGAGAUCACCAUCCCAGCUGAUGUCACUCCAGAGAGGGUGCCCACACACAUUGUGGACUACUCAGAGGCUGAACAGUCAGACGAGCAGCUGUACCAAGAAAUAUCAAAGGCAAAUGUUAUCUGCAUAGUUUACUCAGUCAACAACAAGAAGUCCAUUGAAAAGGUGACAAGCCACUGGAUUCCCCUCAUAAAUGACAGGACGGACAAGGAUAGCAGGGUACCAUUGAUCCUUGUGGGGAACAAGUCGGACCUGGUGGAACACAGCAGCAUGGAGACCAUCCUGCCAAUCAUGAAUCAAUACCAGGAUAUCGAGACCUGUGUAGAGUGCUCUGCUAAAAACCUGAAGAACAUCUCUGAGCUGUUCUACUACGCCCAGAAGGCUGUUCUCCAUCCGACGGGACCCCUGUACUGCCCAGAGGAGAAGGAGUUAAAGCCAUCCUGCAUUAGGUCUUUAACUAGAAUCUUUAAAGUGUCCGACCUGGACAACGACGGCAUCCUUAAUGACAAUGAGCUCAACUUCUUCCAGAGAACAUGUUUCAAUACACCACUGGCACCUCAGGCUUUAGAGGAUGUAAAGAAUGUGGUCAGGAGGAACAUGACAGAUGGAGUCAAGGACAACGGACUCUCACUCAAAGGCUUCCUGUUCCUGCACACCCUCUUCAUACAGCGAGGUCGACACGAGACCACCUGGACUGUGCUUAGGAGGUUUGGUUAUGACGAUGACCUGGAGCUCACACAGGAAUACCUGUUCCCCUUGAUAAAGAUCCCCCCAGACUGCACCACAGAGCUUAACCACAACGCUUACCUCUUCCUCCAGAGCGUCUUUGACAAACACGACAAAGACAGAGAUUGUGCGCUCUCGCCAGAGGAGGUGAAAGACCUGUUUGAAGUGUUUCCUUACAUGCCCUGGGGUCCGGAUGUCAACAACACGGUUUGCACUAACGACCAGGGAUGGAUCACAUACCAGGGAUACCUCUCCCAGUGGACGUUAACAACAUAUCUAGAUGUACAGCGUAGUUUGGAGUACUUAGGUUACCUGGGCUACUCGAUCAUCUAUGAACAGGAGUCCCAGGCUGCUGCCAUUACAGUGACACGUAACAAGAGCAUCGAUCUGCAGAAGAAACAGACCCAGCGCAGUGUCUUCCGCUGCAACGUCUUGGGGGCCCGUGGCAGCGGGAAGAGUGGCUUCCUCCAAGCUUUUCUGGGCAAGAACCUGCAGCGACAGCGGCGGAUUAGAGAAGACCACAAGUCCUUCUAUGCCAUUAGUACGACCUAUGUUUAUGGUCAGGAGAAGUACCUGCUGCUCCAUGAGGUGAUGCCAGAUUUUGACUUCCUCUCAGAGGCGGACCUAGCCUGUGAUGUGGUCUGCCUGGUGUAUGACAUCAACAAUCCACGCUCUUUUGAAUAUUGCGCAAAAGUGUACAAGCAAUACUUCAUAGACAGUAAGACGCCAUGCGUGGUGAUUGCCGCCAAGUCGGACCUGCACGAUGUACGGCAGCACUACAGCCUCUCACCGCAGGAGUUCUGCCGUAAGCACAAGCUCCACCCACCGCAGCCGUUCACAUGCAACACGACUGACGCACUCAGCAAAGACAUCUACACUAGACUCACCACCAUGGCCAUGUAUCCCCACGCCCGUCUCCGCUGCAUGUGUGCCUGCAACAGGUGCACCUAUUGCCUGUGUCAGAACCUCCUCAAGUUGGAGCUGCUGCGCAGUAUUAAGGCCCAACUCCGCAGGUGUGUGUGUGGAAAGCUGCUGGGCUGGGUGGAGGCUGUGGGGGGCUACCUGCUGUCAGUGGAGGAUUUCAGCCUGACGCAGCAGGUUUCAGCCGUCUCCAGUGUGGAGGGGUGCAUCUUUAUGGAGGCCUCUACUGAGCAGCUAAUUCCCCCAGAAAGGCACAUGGCUCAGGCGGACCUGAAGAAUUCCACCUUCUGGCUAAGAGCGAGCGUCGGUGCCACAGUGUGUGCUGUGCUGGGAUUCGCCAUGUACAGAGCACUUCUCAAACAGCGGUGAUCAGACAGCAUGAGACAGCUACUUCCUCCCCCGGUCCCUCUGUUGACUCUGCCCCAUCCCUCCUACCUGAAAGACUCAAAAAAGACUGGCUGACCAACCAACCAAGCCGAUUGCCUCAGCCCCCAACUCCACAUCAUCCCCUUCCCACAGUGCAACACGGGCAAGAAACAAAUGAACAAAUUCAUAGGUACAUUUUAUAUGCAUUAAUAAAACGAGUGUGGUUUAGUUUUUUGUUAAUGUUAUGGGGAAAGGGGCAGGUUACUUUUGAAAUAUCACUUCUCCAUCAAUUUGUAAAUGCUGACAUUCUGUGAGCUAUUGGUCUAGUCCAGGUCAGAAACUAGUAGUUGCUGGAUUCAGUCGUCUUUUUUUUUUUUUUUCCCUCAGGUCAGUAUUAUUAGUUAGAUGGUUGGAGACCAGAGAGUGGCAGCCAUAUACAGAAACACCACAAAGGGACUUGAAUCUUGAAUCUGUUUAUAGAUGUGUAUAUGCAGUAUAUUAUGUAUGUAUUUCUCAAGAAUUUUAGGAUUGGACCCAUAGACAGCAUCACAAGCCGGAAGCAACACCUCCCGGAGGUGUUAGUGCUACAUCUAACACUAGAAAGGACAUGGAUGCCAUGCACUUGUUUAUUUUGUGUUUAAUUUAUUAACCUGUUUCUUUGUUUUCUUGUCUGUUUUGAGUGCACUGCAUGAAACAGAUGGAGGGAUUUACAUGUGAAUUGAUGUCUUCAUGGUAUAUCAUGGCUUCUGUUUCUGUUUUUAAUUUUCUGGUUUUCAAAUAGAGCUUUGUCCCUCAUUAUAUUUUUAUGAAGUUAGAGGCACCAUGAAGAUUAUGCUAUUAACAGCCAUUCAGCGCACCUAUCCCACCUUAAUAAAACUAUUGAAGUGUUUCUUCUCAUUCUUCUCUUUUCCAGCAUUUACAAUAAAGAAUUGUAUGAUCUGGCGCAGCCAUGUAUGCGUGUUAAUUGGGUGAAAUGACAGCUAAUUUAAUAGUGACAAUGAAAAUAAAAUGGUUUUAAAUCUCUAAUAAAUUACAUUUACACCCACUGA